UCGGUGCGUGGCCGCCUAGGUGUCACGUCGACGCUCCAACCUAGCUGGUAUCACAAAAAGCCGAGCGUUGGAGAUCUCCCUACUCAUCUCUGGUGUUACAAACAUUUCUUUUCGCAAUGAACGAAGAGGACCGUAAAAAAUUAAGAAAAAAUUUGGGCAAACUAGUUGAGGAAAUAGAUUGGCGUGAAAUAUUUCCAUUGUUACUGCAACAUAAAAUUUAUGGCGAAAACUAUAAAAAGAUUCAGAAGUGGCAGAAACACUUGGAUGACAUGGAUAAUAAUCGCGAAAUAUAUUUGACUAUAGAGUCACGUGGUCCUAGAGCAUUCGACAGUUUUGUUCAAUGUUUACGAGAAGUGAAUCGCAAUGAUUUAGCAAAUUUAUUAAAACCAAAUGAAGUUGAGAAUAAAAGUGAAGAAACAAUUCCAGAAAUUAAUAGGAAUAUUGUUGACCCUCUGAAUAACCAAGUAAUCCGAAACGAAUUUUUUGAGCAUAGGGAAGAUGACUAUUAUAGGAAGCUUCAACAUGUCGAAGAACCUCUAAGAAUUCGUGUGAAGAAAUCUACUAAGUUAAUGGAGACAAAGAAUGAUAAUAUUUUGAAUUAUGCCAUGUUUAGUAACCCUCGUGGCUUGGUCUUGAUUAUCAAUAACAUAUUGUUCACUGAAGGAGCCAAGGAAAGGGCUGCUGCCAAACACGAUGAGGACAAUUUAAAAGAAUUGUUUGAACAAAUGGGUUUUCAAGUUAUAGUUCGGCAAAACUUGACACGAGAGAAAAUGCUAGAAGAAAUUUCAGCAUUCGCCAUGAGACCAGACUUACGUCAUGUUCAUUCAAUGUUUCUUAUAAUUAUGAGCCACGGUAAUGAACAUGUCGAAGACCAUCGUUCGGAAAGUGUAGUAUGCGGAACAGACAAUAAAAUGAUAACUGCAUUUGGGAUUUUGGAAUUUUUCACUACACGAGCAUGUCCAAACAUGUCUAAAAAACCAAAAAUUUUCAUUUUUCAGACUUGCAGGGGGCAAAAAGAACAGCGCAUGGUGGAAUCGGACGAAGUAGGCAUCAGGAGACAUGAAAUAGAUACGAGUCAGAUGACACCAGAAAAUCCAUCUGCACAACCGAUAGGAUCCCGAGAAUAUUCGGAUAUGCUUGUUGCUUUUUCUACUUUGCCUGGCUUUGCGUCUCACCGGGAUACGCUAAAUGGAAGCUGGUUCAUCCAGGCCUUUUGUGAAGUUGUGAUGAACCAUGCCCAUGAUACAGACUUGCUCAGAUUGUUUCAAAUAACUGACGAAAGACUUGGCUACAUGCAUGCUGCUAGUAAAGAAGUGCAAACGCCAAAUACUUCUAUAUACGGAUUCACAAAAAAAUGCUACUUGAAUCCUGGAUAUUUUAAGACUUCGGCUGAUACCCAAUACUCCAACAGGGUUUGAAUAGUUCAUUUCAAUAUUGUUAUUGCUGCAUUAUAAUUACUAAUUAUUAAUACCUGUGAUCACAGUAUUCUAAUCAUUGUUAUUGAGGUUUAAAAAAUGCAUUUAUAAUCUAAUUUACAGUCUAGUGCUGCAUCCCGUCAAAAGAGUGAUAAAUGAAUGUGAAGUAGAAAGUUGAUUUAACCAGUUCCAUGCAAAAAAUCGAUCAAAGUUUCUCUUCAUAUUUGGCAUUCAUCAAGUUGGGUGGAAACGAAAGAAUUUUUAAGCCUCGACUUUGAUUAAUUAUUGUAUGUUAUGUUUGGUAUAAUUGUGCGCUUACACACGUUAAUCAAUAUGUACGUUGAUCAACAUGUAUGCUUGUCUGUUUCAACUUAAUUUUAAUAUGAGGUUAAACGAGUAAGAUCUACAUAUAUUUCAGUAUUUCAAUGAAAUACUUGAUUAUUAAAAACUGAUUUCUAUCAGAAAUAUCAAAAUUGUGAUAGAAGUUCAUUACCAUUGCGAUUGUCGCUCAUACUUUAUAAAAAUUCGUGAGUUAUUCAGAGAUUAAGAAAACAAUAUUAUUGCUGCUUACUGUCAUCAGUUCGGGUAACAGCUUCACGAUUAAAAUGAAACAUCUUAAAAGAUCAAGACGACCGUCUUUGGUCUGUGCAUAGUACUGUCACACAGCACAGUUCACCGAUCUGUAUACUACAUAGCAGAAUUAAUAUUUGUUAGUAUAGAAUUUUUAUAUAAUUUAUACAUACAUGUAUAAAAUAUUAUCCACAUGGAUAUACUAUAUACACAUAAAUAUAUAUAUAUAUAUAUAUGGGGCAUUCCAUGUCAAAUCUACCCAGGUCUAACCCUUGACCUCUUUGAUUUCCCUCGCCAUCUUUUACAUGAUUGUCUUGAAUCUCGAAGGCACCAAGUUUCAACUUCCCGUUUCUCUGUUUUAAGAGAAUAAAGGAAGUUAUUGUAAUCACUUCGAAAAUAAAGAGCUCAGUUUUCAUUA